AUGGACACCUACUCAUCAUCUGGAGAAAAAUUGAACAUUAAGACAAGAAAACCGUAUACAAUAACUAAACAAAGAGAACGAUGGACAGAAGAAGAGCAUAAUAGUUUUUUAGAAGCCCUGAAACUAUAUGGGCGAGCUUGGCAACGGAUAGAAGAACACAUAGGAACCAAGACUGCAGUCCAAAUCAGAAGUCAUGCCCAGAAAUUCUUUACAAAGUUGGAGAAGGAGGCGGUUGCUAAAGGAGUUCCAACAAGACAGGCUCUUGACAUGGAAAUUCCUCCCCCACGCCCUAAAAGGAAACCAAAUUAUCCUUAUCCCAGAAAGACUGGGUCUGGCACUUGCCCCAAAACUCAUCAUCCAAAUCCAAAUCCAAAGGAGGAGGAGGACAAUGCCACUCAUCAUCAUCAUCAUCAUCAUCAACCAACUUUAGUUUCUUCUUUGCCAUCUGGCAUAGACCACCUCCACCUCCCAGAGUACCAUGAACAGAAACAAGAAGAAACUGCAAACACGAGUGAGCAAGUGGAUGUGGAGAAGGAAGAACCUCCAUGUGCAUCAUUGUCAUCAGAAAAUGAUAAUUCCAUACCAAGAGGCGUUUUUAGAGACUUCAUUAACCUUGAUGAAACAAACGAAUCUUACAUCACCACCAUUGAAACCAGAAAGUAUCAGAAGAAAUCAGAUCAAGAUGGCAUGCACACAUCUACUCACACCUCAUUGUUUGACUUUCCGGAAGGUCAAAAUCAUGACGACAAUACAAUUACAAAUACAAAUACAAAUGGUGUGCACAGCUACCCAAGGCAUGUUCCUGUACAAGUUGUAGAUGGAAAUCAAGGAAAUAUUCCCACAGGCACAGAAGAGAUGUCGACACUUGAAGAAAAGUUGGAACAAGUUCAUAACAACCCCAACCCCAACCUAUCUGUUAACAACAACAUAGCUUCAAGAUGUUGUUCAAGCUAUCAGACAAUUCCAACCUUCCAUCCUCCUGUUUUCACCCACCCGUUUUCUGAUAAUCAUAAUAAUAAUAAUAAUAAUAAUGAAGAAGAGAAUUACAGAUCACUUCUCCAUGUUUCAUCCACAAUCUCUAGCCUCAUUGUUUCAUCCCUGCUACAAAACCCUGCAGCCCAUGCUGCAGCAAGCUUCGCUUCUAAGUUCUGGCAUCCUCCUGGAAACACAAACACAGAAGCUUCUUCAGGAGAUGAUUCGGAAACUCCUAGUCCUAGCAUGACUUCCAUUGCUGCGGCUACUGUAGCAGCAGCAACCGCAUGGUGGGCGGCUCAUGGUCUUCUCCCUGUUUGUCCUCCUUUCUACCCAACUCCAACUCCAACUCCUUUUUCAUUUGGCGCGCCACCACCACCACCACCAGUAACAGUCGAGGAUGGAAAUCAAGCAAGAGAAAAAGCUCCUCCGGAAAAGAUCACAGACUCCUCAUCGGAGGAGGAGGUGGAGGAUUCAGAAGGGAAAUUAAACACAGGAUCGAAUCCAGAUGAUACCACCAAGGGAACGGGAACGGGAACGGUGGUGGAGGAGACCAAUGUUAAUGUUCGCAAACAGGUUGACCGGUCUUCUUGUGGUUCUAACACGACUUCCAGCAGUGAAAUUGAGACGGAUGCUUUAGAGAAGAAGAAUAUAAAAGAAAAGGAAGAAACUGCUGCUGCUGCUGCUUCAGAUGUAGUACCCGAUCUUGAUUCUAUUUCCCGUACUAGUAUUAUUAGGGGGGGUAGAAGCACUAUUAACCCUAACGAAUCAUGGAAGGAGGUCUCCGAAGAGGGACGACUUGCUUUUCAAGCGCUGUUCUCGAGACAAGUACUGCCACAAAGCUUUUCAGAUAGACAUAAUAAUAAUAUUAAUAAUAAUAAUAAUAAUAAUAAUAGUAGUGGUGGUGGUGAGUUGGACCUCAACAGGAUGAUGUUGAGAGGUGAGAAAAACAUGGAGGAAGGGCUAUUGACGAUAGGAUUGGGGAAUGUGAAGCUCAAUGUUAACCACACACACACUCACACAGGAUUCAAACCUUACAAGAGGUGUUCCAUGGAGGCCAAAGAGAAGCCCGGAUCGUCAUCUAACCAGAAUGAUGACAAGGCUGCAAAGAGAAUGAGGUUUCAAGCAGAGGGCUCAACUUGAUGAUAUUCAUACAUACAUGAUUCGAAAGAGGAAGAGGAAACUUGUGUUGUAUAUUAUGUUAUUAGUCUUAAGUUUAGUCCUAAAUCUCAUCAAACUUCUUGUUGUGCU